CGUUUUUUUGGGAGCUUUUUCACCUCACUACGGCCCUGCUUGCAACGUCCAUCAAUCGCGACGUCUUUUCUGUGCAUUUUCCACGUAAUUUCCUCCCACAAUGGCUCUUCUAUUUGUCUCAGGUGUGCAUUAUAAGGUGAUUCAAGUGAAUGGACAGAGACUUGUGGGCCCACCGGAUGUCUUCGUGGGCAACGAGCCCCCAGAAAAAUGCGAGAUCUUCAUCUCGAAUAUUCCCAAUCAACUGACGGAGUGUGAUAUAAUGCCGAUAAUCAGUAGCUUUGGGGGUGUUUUCCAGCUGCGGUUGAUGAUGAAAAUUAGCGGAGAAAAUCGCGGAUUCUGCUACGUCACGUACAUUUGCGAAAGGGACGCCUUGAAUGCCAUCAGGAACUUGAACAAGGUCAUGGUGUAUGGGAAUAGAUUGAGGGUGUCCCUGAGCAAGAACAGGAGGCACCUUAUCUUCGGAGGGAUUAAUCCAAAUGUCCCAGACGACGUAAUCCUUCAAGGACUCCUGGCCUACGUUCAACCGUCUAAGGUCAAUAUCUUCACAAAAUUCAAUGGAAAAUGCGCCCUUCUUGAAUUUGCAAAUCACCGUGAUGCAGCAAUGGCCAAGAGAGCCUUCGGUGUCCACGCAAGGAAGUUCGGACCCGGAAUUUUCAUCAGAUGGUACGAUUAAUUAAGAUAUUAAAAGUAAAAUGAAAAAAAAAGAUCUAGAUCAUCGGUUCUUCUUGCCCAAUUUCAUCAUUGCGGGCUUAAGUUUUAAGAUCUCAAAAGUUUCAAAAACAACACAAAAGUCUAAAUAAUUGAAUUUUAAGUGAAUUUUUGUAAAGUAAUUAAUUCUGUAUAAGUUUCAUAAAUAAAAUUCUUCUUACAAAAAAAACGAAUGAAAUUUCCCAUGAAAAUGAGCUUUUAGAUAUUUAUUAUUCAAAAAAAGAGAAAAA